CUGAAGGAACAGCCAAGGCAGAAAAAGGAGACUGGGAGAGAGAGAACGAGAGAAAACAGAGUGGAUUUGAAGGGGGAGAGAGAGAGACAUACACAUAUUCAGAGACUCAUUACUUCAAGCAGAGCUAAAGAUUACAAUUACAUGGCAUACAAUACCUUCAUCUGAAACAGAUUCACUGAGCCAUUUAUACUACAAGAUCUCCUGGAGGUGAAAUAGGCAAAUAUUUACUUUUUGCAGGUGGCAUUUCUGCAGGAAGACGUGCAUCAGGGGGCUUACGGAGACCAAAGGGACAGAAAGGAAGGCAUAUGCUUACAGCUGACCCACUUUUGUGUCAUUUUGCUACAAGAGAGUUCCACUUCUGUGUUGUACUUUUCUUUAAGUUUCCAUCAGUAAGCUCUAUGACAAAGAAAUGGAUGACAUCCUGAAACUUUAUAUGAAUAUAUCAUCUAGGUACAAUACUUCGUGGGAAGAUUUCACCAAUAUGAUGGAAGAUGGCUUCUGCCCUGACAGUGUUGGGAGCACCACAUUCCUGAUUGUUGCCUAUAGUGCAGUGCUUGCUGUGGGACUGAUUGGAAACAUAUGCUUGGUAUUUGUGAUUUCAAGACAGAAAGAGAUGCAGAAUGUCACCAAUAUUUUCAUAGCCAAUCUCUCUUGCUCAGACAUACUCAUGUGUACUGUCUGCUUACCCAUAACAGUCAUUUACACCUUGAUGGACAGAUGGAUUUUAGGUGAGGCUCUCUGCAAGGUGGUCCCCUUCAUCCAGUGUAUGUCUGUUACUGUGUCCAUUCUGUCUCUUGUUCUCAUAGCUCUAGAGCGACACCAACUGAUAAUCAAUCCUACUGGAUGGAAGCCGGCAGGUGGUCAUGCUUACUUGGCAGUGGCUGUCAUCUGGAUCAUAGCCUGCUUCCUUUCCCUGCCCUUUUUGUCGUUCAACAUUCUGACGAAGCUCUCCUUCCCAAAUCUCACCUUUCCCAUGGAUCCUUUUGCCGAUUACCUUGUAUGUAAAGAGGAAUGGCCAUCAGAGAAACACCAGCUUGCUUACACCACCUGCCUGGUGGUCUUCCAGUACUGCCUACCCUUGCUUCUCACCUUCAUUUGUUACCUGAGGAUCUUCUUGCGUCUCAGGAGAAGACGAGACAUCAUCGAUCGUUCUAAAGAUGGCAGCAGGAAGGCCAGCCAUAGGAAGAUUAAUAUUAUGUUGGCAUCUAUAGUGGUCGCAUUUGCUGUUUGCUGGCUGCCACUGACUGUCUUCAACACUUUUUCAGAUUGGAACCAAGAGGCUAUCUCUAUUUGCUAUCACAACUUGAUUUUCUCCCUCUGUCACCUGACAGCGAUGGCUUCCAGUUGCAUCAACCCAGUCAUUUAUGGUUUCCUCAACAAUAAUUUCCAGAAAGAAGUGAAAGCAAUGAUUUACAGAUGCCGCUGUGGUGGAGAAAGAGAGAAGUAUGAAAGUUUCCCACUGUCCACAGUCAGCACAGAGGUCUCAAAAUCAUCUCUGCGCACAGCUUGCACUAACAAUAUUUAAUAAACAUACUUAAGUGCCUUUCUGGCAGAAUAACCUACUGUGGCAAUAUGUCCUCAGAAGGUCGCAUUCUGGGGAGCGCACUGUUUCUGACCAGCGUUUGGCUAGUUGUGAUGGAAAGUUCAAAAACUGAGAAGAUAUUACACCUCAGUUUAAGGAUGCUGGCUCAACUGGGAGCUAUCAAGUCAUAUGAUGUUCAGGGAGGGUUAUCAUCCAUUCAGAUCUUGUAAUACUUAUUGUACAUUAUGUGCCUCUGAGUUCUCUCUUUUUUUGUUUUUUUUUUGUUUUUUUUUUUUACACAAAAGGUGACACUAUGUCAGUAUUUUGAGGUUGGGCUCAUUUAAAGAGACCCCUUAGCAAUGGAUUUCGCUACACAAGAACAUUGAGGAUCAGACAGAAUGCCUUCAUGUGCACUUCAGUUGAACUGAUUUCACAUUUGUGAAUCAAAUUUGAACAAGGAGUUUACCUAGAAAAGUUCCAUCUACUUAAACAUAAGAAGUGACUACUAAAGUGGUUUUGAGUCCAUGCAGGGAAAAUAUGAGUGCAACAGCAGAAAAGUGAUUAUGUGCAAAAAGAAGUUAACACUAUUCUUUUUACGGUAUUAAAUGAUGAUAUUUUUAUGUGCCACAGACAAGCUCCAACACAUUCAUUUAAUGAUGAGCAACACAUGACUUUGUUUCUUCACAGUGCCUGUGUCCAACCAGAUGCAUGAUUCCACAGAGACCAAACUGUGUAGCUGUCUGAGCUCUGAGGACUUAAGCAAGCUUAGCAACAAGUCCGGGUUGCUUACAUGGUGAGGCUACCCAUUUCAGAGGAUACUGUUUUCUACUGUCUCUGUGAUGAAGACGGAGAAAAAAGGGGAAGUUAUGGCAAAUGCCAUUGUACAAUCGUGCAAGCAGAUAUUAAAUCAGAGAGCAUUUCUUUUUUAUAGAAAUAGUGAUUACAAAAGAGUAUAGUAUCUAUGUAAUGACAGCCCUUAUAAAUCAAAGCCUUUAUUUCCCCCAAAUCAAUACUACCUGAAUUUACUUCACUUCUGGGAGAUCCCCCUGGCGCUGCUUGAGUAAAAUAUAAAACUAUAGCAGCAUAUGAGUCAUGGGGCUGAAUGCAGCAAAGUACUGGGUAAUCUUGAAAAUUAAGCCAAGCUGAAAUCAAAGGUAUAAAUAGUAAAUUAAAAACAAUUCUGCCCUGAUUAAGAUGGCACAGUUAAUCUGGGGCAUGCUGAGUGGAAAUUACAAUUUGAACAUAUCAAGCAAAAAGCAACUGAGUUUGAAAAUGGAGUUGUCAUAAACACUCCUCUCAACUAUCCAUAUUUUCACAGAUUGUCCAGAUUUUUGCCCCAUAUUUUGAACUGUUCCUCAUAAAGUUUGUGGUAAUUCAUUGAGUGCUGAAAUAAAUAAAUAAUGUCAGAUAUCUGAAUUUCAGAUUUUAUACACUUCAGAAAAUGUGCACCAGUACAAAAAAACUGUUAUUGUUUUAACUUUCUUAGCUUAUGAGCAGUAUUUAAAAUUUGCCCCACCAUUAUUUUUGACCUUGUCCAUAAUUCAUGCAUGAAGAUGUUGAGAGGUUUGGUCAUAAAUAAAUCCUGGCCAUUCAUUUCAGAAAACUAUCACAUUGAUAGUUACAACUCAUUUAUAAUCACUUCUUUAGUGCCCGAUUGAUCUGGGUGCAGUAAACAAAUGAGGUACAGAUUCCCAUAUUAAUAGUGCAGCCAAGAAUAUUUUUUUUGCUGCACAACAUAACCCAUAACUGCAUGAAACAGACAUGGGUACUGAUGUCAAGGGAUACUUAGAGCCAUCAUGAGUUCCUUUAGGGCACUAAAAACUCUGGCCUGCUGAAGUAAGCAAACUGUAAAUUUCAAAUGUUUUUAGUAUUAAAGCAGCUCAGUAGAAAGUUGCAAUGAGUAACAACUGAAGAACAGCGUGAUGUAGACACAAGAAAAUGUAUUAAUGUGGAGCUACUAUUGCAAAAUUCAUUUUUGUAGGUGCACUGGUGUGCUGUCCAUGUGUCUGUUUCUGCAUUAGCAGUUACUUUAAAUGACCUAUCUUAACUUUGCCUUGCUACUGCCCUGUCUGCAUGGAUUUUUUAAAAAAGGCAAACAAUUCUGUGUUUAUAUCUCUGUUGAAGCUCCUACAAUACAUUAACAGUCACAAUGUAUUCUGUCUGUAUCCUUGGAGAUGUUUUUGCCAUGUAUGUUCUUGUGAAUAUGACACUAUUUUCCUGUGGAAUUAUUAUGAAUGUAAUUAACUAUAAAAAUUGAUUUUUUGCUGAAUUUUAAUAUUGUACCAUGUUUUUAUAAAGUACUAAAGCAAGUUGAUAA